AUGGAAGAAACAUUCCAUUUACGCUGGGGCAUUCUAGGCACAGGACACAUCGCCAAGUAUUUCGCAGAAGACCUCCUCAUCGACCCGGCCACAAGGGAACGAAUCGAUAUCGUCCACCUCCUUUCCGGGGUAGCGUCUUCUCGCUCAGAAGAUGUCGCCCACGAAUUCAUGACCACAGUCCGAGCCCCGUCUUACUGCCAAGCAUACGGCAAUUACUCCGAUCUAGUCAACUGCCCUACCAUCGACGUGGUCUAUAUCGCGACACCUCAUUCUCACCACUUCCAGAAUGCCAUGCUGGCGCUCGAAGCGGGAAAACACGUGCUGUGUGAGAAAAGCCUGACUGUGAAUGCCGCACAAGCCAAGAAGUUGUUCGCUGUGGCGGAGCAGAAGCAGCGGUUUCUCAUGGAGGGACUGUGGAUACGGUUCCUCCCAGUUAGUGUAGAGGUGCGUCGACUUCUCCAAGCCGGUGCGAUUGGGACCAUCACCCGUGUCUUCGCAGAUAAUGGUCUGGGAGUGGAUCCAUACAGGGAAUUUCCGACGGGCGACCGCAUGGUUGUAAAAGAACUGGCUGGCGGGGCGCUGUUAGACCUUGGCGUCUACUCCAUCCACUGGGUCCUCCAAGCCCUCGCCAAGGGAAAUCGUCGCCCGAUCCAGAUCUUCUCCACCAUGACAAAAUACCCUAUAUCGGGAGUCGACGAAACCACCACCAUCCUGAUGAAAUUCGCCCCCAGCACAGCAGACCGACCCGAAAUACAAGCCACAGCGAGUGCCAGUCUACGUGCCAGAAGCAACCCAGACGGCGAGACCGCCGCGGUGCGCAUUCAAGGCGAUGAAGGCGAAAUCCAAGUCUUCGGUUGGCCUUGGUGUCCGUCCCAGCUACGGGUUAUCAAACAGGGACCCGGGAUAGACACUCCGAGGACGAUGAGCAUCGACGAUGUCAGCUUUCUAUCCGACGAUGUCAGCUUCGUAUCCGACGAUCCAUACGGCCUCUGCUUCGAGGCGGACGAGGUCGCACGUUGCAUUCGCCAAGGUCUGCUAGAGAGUCCCGAGAUGCCCUGGCUAGAGAGCCUGACCGUCAUGGAGAUCAUGGAUACAGUGCGACGGGAGAACGACCUCAAAUUUCCUGAGGAAAUCGAGACCUUGGAGUAUCCUGUAGCACUACCUGCUAAAACAUCCUAA